AAUAAAAUUCCUCGUGCAUAUUAAAAUAUAUCCAAAAGAUAUUUGAUACAUUGUUUAAUUUCUUGAUAAGAACACUCAUUUUAUAUCUCUAUAAAUAGGAGUUUAUAUGUCUACUAUGCUAAUAUAUCUUCUAGACUCCUACUCCUAUAGCUAGCCAGUUUCCUCCUUUUCUCAAUCUCUACCAAAAUUUUCUCUCUUUCUCAUGGCAGCUGAUGAACCAUCGUUGACCUUGCCUCUUGUGCUUGAUGAGAAUAAGCAUCAGAAUCGGGGGCAAGGAUGCAAACUAGAAGAUAUAGAAUCAAAUUUUCAUCAUCAUCAUCAUUCCACCACUAGCAACAACACCUCUUUCUUCAAAACAUGUUUCAAUGGAUUAAAUGCUUUGUCAGGAGUUGGAAUACUAUCAGUUCCUUAUGCACUCGCAUCAGGCGGAUGGAUGAGCUUGAUACUUCUUUUGGUUCUAGCUUUGGCAGCUUUUUACUCUGGCUUGCUGAUUCAAAAAUGUAUGGACAUGGAUUCAGAUAUCACAACUUAUCCUGACAUAGGAGAGCGUGCAUUUGGAAACAUAGGAAGAAUACUGGUAUCCAUUGUCAUGUACAUAGAGCUCUACUUGGUAGCAACAGGGUUCUUGAUUCUUGAAGGGGAUAACUUGCACAAUCUAUUUCCGGAAGUUGGAUUCGAAAUAGAAGGGCUAUCAAUUGGCGGAAAGCAAUUCUUUAUCAUAAUUGUGGCCCUUCUCAUUUUGCCUUCUGUUUGGAUAGAUAAUCUGAGCCUUCUAUCUUAUAUCUCUGCCAGUGGGGUUUUAGCCUCUGCAAUCAUAUUGGGCUCCAUCUUGUGGACUGGUGCUUUUGAUGGAGUUGGAUUUCAUCAACAAGGAACUCUGAUUAAUUGGAGUGGGAUUCCUACUGCUGUUAGCUUGUAUGCCUUCUGUUAUUGUGCACAUCCAGUUUUCCCUACCCUCUACACUUCCAUGGAAAACAGACGACAGUUUUCUAAUGUUAUGAUUGUAUGUUUCACUAUCUGCACCAUUACUUAUGCAUCAAUGGCAGUUUUUGGGUACUCAAUGUUUGGGUCAGAGGUUCAAUCACAGAUAACCUUGAACCUCCCAGUGGGUCAACUUAGCUCAAAAGUGGCAAUAUACACCACCCUGGUCAAUCCCAUUGCCAAAUAUGCUUUGAUGGUAAAACCAAUUGUGGAUGCUGCCAAACAUUCAUUUGGGAUUCAAGUUAAUAAGAGAGUUUUGGGUCUGCUAAUCAGUACCAUCUUGGUAAUCAGCACUGUCAUAGUAGCCCUUUCUGUACCAUUUUUUGCAGAUCUAAUGUCAUUGGUUGGAGCAUUCUUGAGCGUCACAGCUUCAAUCAUAUUGCCAUGCUUAUGCUACUUGAAGUUUUCUGGUGCUUACAAGAGAUUUGGAUGUGAAACGGUGACGGUAGGGGCUAUAAUCUUAAUGGGUUUUGCAGUACUUGUAUUCGGUACUUACACAUCUCUAUUAGAAAUAGUAGGGAAAUUGAAAAUGUAAAGGCUUCUUUUUUUUGAUAGGAAAUUCAGAGUUGUAGUUUAACUUCUUCUUU